GUUGUUGGGUGGUGGGUAUUGAGCUCAGUGCAGAUGAAGAUGAAAUGAACUGGAGCAAGCCUGUGACUCACUGGAGGACAUCAUCUGCUAUUUUAAGCGUGCGUGACUAGCUUUGACGUGGCCCACGCAGAGGAGGAAUGCAUGCGGACCCAUGCAUGCCGCACGUUAUGGCAGGUAGCUGGCAGAAGGGCCGUGUGCUGGUCUGCAGAUGGGUGUUUGUCACGUGCUGAACCACCAAGAGGAGUUCCUCAGAUGGUGCCGUGCACCAUCAUGGCAUGGCUGUGGUGAAUGUGGUCACCCACCUUCUACCAGAGCCAGGUUGCCCUGCCUUUUUCAUUUGUGCAGAGCAGUUUCAGGAUCCUGCCAUUAAUGAUCAGAAUUGUUCCUGUAGUUUCCGGUUUUCCCAGAAACAAGAGGACUGAAGAAGCAGCAUUUUCUGAGUCCUGCUUCCAGCCACUGCGUGCAAAAAUCCCCCUUUCUCCCUCCUCCUCUCAGCUCUUUCCUACAGGUGCCUGAAGGGUGAGCAGGAGUGUUGUUCCACAUCUUCAGCCACAAUGUUGUCUUAUUUCUGCAUGAACUGGAUUCUGCUGCUGCUGUUCACAGACUCCACCAAAUCGGAAUCACUCGUGAAAGGAAUGGUUGGUCAGAAUGUCUCUGUGCCCUGCUCAUACAGUGUUAAGAGCACACAAGAUAUCACAUCAAUGUGCUGGGGUCGUGACAGCUGCCCUGUUUCAAAAUGUUAUCGGACCAUUAUCUGGACAGAUGGGUGGAAGGUGACAGAGCAGCAUGGCACCAGGUACAAGUUGGAAGGGAACCUGAAGAAGGGUGACGUGUCCCUCACGAUUGUGAAUGCAGAGGAAGCAGACAGCGGGAUAUACUGCUGCCGCGUGGAGAUCUCAGGGUGGUUCAAUGAUCAGACCAGUAAUCACAAGGUUGUGAUAGAGAAAGCUCCUGGGAGCACCAGCGAAUCGUCCUUUACCAUCACAAGCACGUGGCUGUCGGUUUCUGCUUCAGAAGCUCCUCGGACUGCCUCUGGUCCCUGCUCAAGCACCUCAGACUGCUCGGAUGUUACCUCAAACCUGCAGAACACGUCUGUAUCGCUUCCCAGUCAGCAGUAUUCAGAAAAUGGGCUAUACAUUGGGAUUGGUUUAUGUGCGGUACUUCUCACCAUCCUUGUUUUGGCUCUGUUCCUCACCAGACGAUAUUUAUACAAUAAGAAAAAGACGGGUGACUUUGCAAACUUUGUUGCAUACUGGAGACCAGAACGUGCAGGGAACCGUCGUGCCCUGGAAGAUGAGGUCCAUGCAGAGGAAAACAUUUAUGUAAUACACUAAGGACUGUAUGCAUACUUGCCUUUGUCAUCACUGGGACAUUAAAUAGUUUGCAAAAUGUUAGCUGUUCCCUCUGCUCAGCAGCUAAACAUGACUGGACUACUGAAGCAUUAUUCACAUCAUUCUAAUAAAAAAAAUAAAAGCUACACUUCUAGUUAAAAACUUUAUCAGCCUGUUCCAGAAACAGAAAUCCUACUGGCUUGAAUGGAAAUUUCCAGAAUCCACUUAUCAAACCCUAAAGAAAGUUACUGCUGUAUUUAUUAACUGCUUCAAAUUCUCUUUUCCUUUUUUUCUAAAAGAGGAAGUGCCAGAAUGGCUACUCAGUCACAAAAGGAAAAUCACACAUGUUUUUAAAAAGUUUGUCUUCACUUUGUAUUAUAUCUGCCAACUACAACAGAGUCUGUGCCAUCAGAGGGUAGAAGCAAUCUCAUAGCUGCCCUGACAAAGAUGACACGUGGAAAAACUUUGUAGCAUUGGUAUUUCAAUAUACAUUUAGUUGAAUUUUCAUCGGAGUCAGGUAUACCCAGUCCUGGUGACAGCUCAGUAAUGCAAUGUACUAAUUCCUGUCCACCCACAAUUAAAUCUGGAGGAGCUAUUGAUGCUCACCCCCUCGUGGGACGUGCUUGGAGCCUCCGGGAUCGGUACUUUACGUGCUGAAUAUUCACAGCUUGUUUUCAGAGAACUAUGACUAGUUGUGUCUUCUUCUGCAAAAUACAUCACUUCUGUGGCUUUUUCCUUGGGCCCACCUAUGCCCUGAGAAGUCCUCAGGGUGUAAAGUCUCACUUCCAGGCCUCUAAAACAACUGAACAAAAAAUAACUACUUUUUAAAGUUAAUUAAAUUCUUAUUUUUCUCAGCUUGUGGAGAAGUCAAGGACAUUGCACACAAUGUUGGCUGAAAGUUUGCCUUGCCUUUACAUCCCUGUAGAUACCAAACAACUCUAAUGUCUUAUGCUGGAGUUGUUUGAGGGCUUUUAGUUUGUAAAUGGGGAGUAUCUGUGCCCUAGUGCCUUUCCUCCGUUGCUCUUCAGCUAGAUCUGGCUCUCAGCUUUUAUUCUCUAAACUUCGGUUUACUUAAAGUAAACAAAUAGAGGCAGCCUCAUGAGUAUGAAUCAACACUUUAAGCAUGGUUGAGCAAUAGACACAACACACCCAAAUCAGCUUUAAGUGGAAAAAUAGUUUUCCUCAAUUGUUUUUAAGAACACAUCUUUAAACAGAGGCUGGGACUUCCUGAAAGAGCAGAAAAAUAGUACAGGCAGGAGAGAGACCAACUCUUACCAAAUAUUAGUCAGUAUGAAUUUUGCCCUGAAGUUCAUCCUAAGCAGCAGUGUGGAAUACCUAAAGCAGACAGUGCUGCCACGGGGAAGACUCACAGACUUACUGCAAACUUUCUAUCGUUAAGUUCAUCAUUUUCAAGGGAGUCAUGCAAAGAACAAAGUAUUAUCCAAAGAAGCAUAAAGGCACAAUAAUGAAAUCAGUAGGUAUUUAUGUUAACAGCUGAGGUGCUUGGGGCCACAGACUAGUUGUGCUUUAAGAGAAGCUGGAGUCAGUGGAGCAGUUAUUCCUCCUUCCCCAGCUGGUAGAGAUGGGAGGGCUUGAGCUGGCUGGGGAGAGGAGCAUUUCCCCCGGGAGUCCUGGAGAGCCUGGCUAAGGUGGGAUGUUGCAGGUGAGCACACUUGCAAAGACUCAUGAAGGAGUGAAAGCCUCGUCAUCGUGUUGAGGAAGGAAGAAAUGGAAAACAAGUUGGGAUAGGUGACCCUGGUGUGCUCUGGAUUUUCACUUUUGCUGUGUGCUGUCUUGGGGCUGUCUGUUGCAGCAAGCCUAAAAGGUUGAAAAUGCAGAGAGGAAUUCAUGGCUGGCUGAAGAGCUCAGUGUGAGAGCACGGAUACUAGGUGAUGACUGAUCCCUGGGCCAGGAAAGGCAGUGGAGGAAAACAGCUCUGCCAUUUCUGUCUUCAUAUCACGAGCUGCCUUGUGUAAGAAGAUACUGAAACCAGAAGGGACCUGCUGGUAGACUGUAUUUUUACUAAACUAAAAUUACUGACCGCACUGCAGUCGCAUCGCUUUCCUUCUGCGUGGCUGAGCAUGUCACUGCUGUGGGCUCCAGCCCAUGACUAGGGCUGGAGGAAGUCUGAUCUGGUCUCUGAACUAGAUCUCAGGAAAAAAAAAAAAUCUUCAGCAAUUUCUGCUUUCUGCAAUUUUUACCAAACUAAUCUCUACUGGGAUCAGAGUUAGACAAGUGUGCGGUUUCCAAAAUUAUCAGAUUCCAACCAUUCAUGCUCUUAAGGAGUUUGAGAUCCAUCCUUGAAGACUGCUAAUUGUGAAAACUGCUUGCUCAUAAGGCUUUUUUCUAAUUAUUACAGACUAAUUAUU